GCAGCCUUGGUUUAGCCUGUGGUUACAACAUAAAAAGCUGACCCAUCGUCACCCUUCUGUUUGCCAUCCACAUUUUUCCUCCUCACCGCUUUUCUCUAUAACUAAGAAUGCUUGUUUCUCUUACUCCUUCGCCGUUCCACGCCGACUGCACGUUCUGUGACAUCAUCAAGGGCGAGACGCAGUCAUGCAAGAUCCUCGAAACCACUCUGACGACGUCAUUCCUCGACAUCCACCCGCUGUCCGAGGGCCACAUCCAGAUUGUGCCCAAGCGCCAUGCCGACCGCAUGCACGAGCUGCCGGACAUGUACCUCAUGGACGUGAUGCUGGUGGCGAAGAGAAUCGCACUGGCGAUGGGGCUUGAAAGCUACGACAUCCUGCAGCGCAACGGGUCGCUUAUUUACCAGCAAGUGCCGCAUGUCCACUAUCACCUGGUGCCGAAGCCCAAGCCGCGCCAGGGCCUGCGGGUCGGCUGGCCCAAGAACUACGUGCCGAUGGAGGAGCUGAAGGGCGUGGCCAAUGCCAUCAGGGACAAGCUGUACCAAGAGUCGCUGUGCGCAGCCAUGAAGAGCAGCAGCCUGUAAUUUUUUUUCUCUAUUUGCAGAUUAUACUGGCAGCCUAGCCAUUUUCCAAUUUCUACUUGAUGAUCCUUGGCUUAAAAGGGUGGACGCGCUAAUCAAAUCGCUGCAAAGGAGUUUCUUUAGA